UCAGGUCUUGUGAUCGAACAGCUGAAAGGGAGAGAAAAUCGCGACGGGAGUCAGGAAUCAAAGUCUUCGAGCACGAUUAUUUUUGAAUAAAUCAAAGUGAGAUCUCGUUAAAAGCCAUGGUGGACCGCGCGAAUAUCAAGCAGAUGAUACCGGCUUUGCCGGACGAGAAAAUCGACAUGUUAGCAGCCACAAGUGUGCUGCAACAACAAGCUGCUGACAUACGAAAUCAACGGAUCCCUUGGCAGUCAUAUUUACAAUCGCAGAUGAUAUCGAAGGAAGAUUUUGAUUUCAUAGCAGCCUUUGACACAAAUGAUGCCAAAGUCAGAGAGAACAAACUGAAAGAGAAUCCACAUCAGGCAGCCAAAACGUUUCUCAAUUUACUUGGCCAUGUUUCAAAAGAUCAAACAAUUCAAUAUAUUCUCACAAUGAUUGAUGACAUGCUGCAGGAGGAUCGCAGCCGUGUGGAAAUCUUUCGCGAGCAUUCUACACGAAAACGAGAAUCCGUCUGGGGACCGUUUCUCAAUUUGUUGAACAGACAAGACGGUUUUAUAAUGAAUAUGACAUCGCGUAUUAUAGCCAAGUUAGCUUGCUGGAGUCAUGAUCUCAUGGAGAAAACUGAUCUUCAGUUUUAUUUGACGUGGCUCAAAGAUCAGCUGAAACUUAGCUUUGAUGCUGUUCAAGAACACACAAGCAUGCAUGCAGGACUAGAUCACGAUACUGCUACGGAACAAGCCAAGGAAGCCACUGAACUGCAUGAAUUGCCUAAUCCGAACAACGAAUAUAUUCAAUCGGUGGCACGAUGCUUACAAAUGAUGCUACGCAUAGACGAAUAUCGUUUUGCGUUUGUAUCUGUGGAUGGAAUUUCGACUCUUCUCAGUGUCUUGUCUGGACGAGUAAACUUUCAAGUGCAAUAUCAAUUAAUUUUCUGCCUGUGGGUACUUACUUUUAAUCCUCUGUUGGCGGAGAAGAUGAACAAAUUCAACGUCAUACCCAUUCUCGCUGAUAUACUUAGCGACUCGGUCAAGGAGAAAGUAACGCGCAUCAUACUUGCAGUUUUCAGGAAUUUAAUCGAGAAAGUGGAAGACAAUCAAGUUGCCAAGGAACAUUGCAUUGCUAUGGUGCAAUGCAAGGUACUGAAGCAACUUUCGAUAUUAUCCCAGCGAAAAUUCGACGACGAGGAUAUCACCGACGACAUCGAAUUUCUCAACGACAAGUUGCAAGCGUCCGUCCAGGAUCUGAGUUCGUUCGACGAAUAUUCCACGGAAGUCAAAUCCGGUCGCCUCGAAUGGUCUCCCGUUCACAAGUCGGGCAAGUUCUGGCGCGAGAACGCCAGUCGUCUCAACGAGAAGAAUUACGAGCUCUUGCGAAUUCUGGUUCAUUUGCUGGAGAGCAGCAAGGACCCGCUCGUUCUUAGCGUAGCCAGUUUCGACAUUGGCGAAUACGUACGCCACUAUCCGCGUGGCAAACACAUAAUUGAACAACUGGGCGGGAAGCAGCGUGUGAUGCAGCUUCUAGGACAUGAGGAUCCUAACGUUAGAUACGAAGCUCUCCUUGCGGUGCAAAAACUUAUGGUACACAAUUGGGAGUAUCUCGGCAAGCAGCUAGAAAAAGAGACAGGUGCACCGACGUCCGGAGCACCGACUAGUAAGCCUGGCGCACAGGUGCCAGCAAAAGCUUGAGCAUUUUCGCGCAACUUGUACAAAUUAAGUAUUUUCCAAUUUGAAGGAAGUAUAAAAGAGUAUUAUUAUA